AUGCCCAACGAAGCUCCUAAGCCCUGCGCAUCUCGUGUAUACAAACCGUCCGAUGGCGCUGACCCUACAUUUGGUCCUUGGUACCAUGUUGUCGGCCGCUUAGUCGCUCUCCUACUGGAGCCAGACGAGAACGAGAAUCUGUACGGGUGUCAUACUGUCCUUAUCCAGCAUCUGCUGUUUGCCAAGAGGGAGAAAGACCUUUUCGGUACAAUCCCCGCUACAUGGCUCUUCUGGGUCAUGAUGGCCGCAAACAUGGAAGUCAAUAUCAUCGUGGGCUGGCGAGUCGAAUCACAGUUCACGUACUGUGAUCGACGCUGGCGCGAAACCCUGGCCGUGGAAGAUUUGCCAACGGACGACGCCGAGCUGGCCGAUGCCUUAGACAUCCUAUCGAGGGCGCGGGGCGGCAUUGAGAGUGAACGAGAUGCGCUGGUACCCGCUCACCCAUUCUUCCUGAAAUGGGAGAAUCGCACGCGUGAGGUCGCCGAGCUAGGACUUCAUGACAUCCAUGUCGGAUGGUACGGGCAACGGGCUGAUCCCCGGUAG